UCCGGCUGGCGCCGCCGCCUAGCGCGCUCCCGCUUCGCCGCCACGGUCCGGGGGGAGCUGCCGGUCCCGGGUACCAUGUGUGACGGCGCCCUGCUGCCUCCGCUCGUCCUGCCCGUGCUGCUGCUGCUGGUUUGGGGACUGGACCCGGGCACAGCUGUCGGCGACGCGGCGGCCGACGUGGAGGUGGUGCUCCCGUGGCGGGUGCGCCCCGACGACGUGCACCUGCCGCCGCUGCCCGCAGCCCCCGGGCCCCGACGGCGGCGACGCCCCCGCACGCCCCCAGCUGCCCCGCGCGCCCGGCCCGGAGAGCGCGCCCUGCUGCUGCACCUGCCGGCCUUCGGGCGCGACCUGUACCUUCAGCUGCGCCGCGACCUGCGCUUCCUGUCUCGAGGCUUCGAGGUGGAGGAGGCGGGCGCGGCCGGGCGCCGCGGCCGCCCCGCCGAGCUGUGCUUCUACUCGGGCCGUGUGCUCGGCCACCCCGGCUCCCUCGUCUCGCUCAGCGCCUGCGGCGCCGCCGGCGGCCUGGUCGGCCUCAUUCAGCUUGGGCAGGAGCAGGUGCUCAUCCAGCCCCUCAACAACUCCCAGGGCCCAUUCAGUGGACGAGAGCAUCUGAUCAGGCGCAAAUGGUCCUUGACCCCCAGCCCUUCUGCCGAGGCCCAGAGACCCGGGCAGCUCUGCAAGGUUCUAACAGAAAAGAAGAAGCCCAGGCGGGGCAGGCCUUCGCGGGACUGGCGGGAGCGGAGGAACGCUAUCCGGCUCACCAGCGAGCACACGGUGGAGACCCUGGUGGUGGCUGACGCCGACAUGGUGCAGUACCACGGGGCUGAGGCCGCCCAGAGGUUCAUCCUGACCGUCAUGAACAUGGUAUACAAUAUGUUUCAGCACCAGAGCCUAGGGAUUAAAAUUAACAUUCAAGUGACCAAGCUUGUCCUGCUACGACAACGUCCCGCUAAAUUGUCCAUUGGGCACCAUGGUGAGAGGUCCCUGGAGAGCUUCUGUCACUGGCAGAACGAGGAGUAUGGAGGAGCGCGAUACCUCGGCAAUAACCAGGUUCCCGGCGGGAAGGACGACCCGCCCCUGGUGGAUGCUGCUGUGUUUGUGACCAGGACAGAUUUCUGUGUACACAAAGAUGAACCGUGUGACACUGUUGGAAUUGCUUACUUAGGAGGUGUGUGCAGUGCUAAGAGGAAGUGUGUGCUUGCCGAAGACAAUGGUCUCAAUUUGGCCUUUACCAUCGCCCAUGAGCUGGGCCACAACUUGGGCAUGAACCACGACGAUGACCACUCAUCUUGCGCUGGCAGGUCCCACAUCAUGUCGGGAGAGUGGGUGAAAGGCCGGAACCCAAGUGACCUCUCUUGGUCCUCCUGCAGCCGAGAUGACCUUGAAAACUUCCUCAAGUCAAAAGUCAGCACCUGCUUGCUAGUCACAGACCCCAGAAGCCAGCACACGGUACGCCUCCCGCACAAGCUGCCGGGCAUGCACUACAGUGCCAACGAGCAGUGCCAGAUCCUGUUCGGCACCAAUGCCACCUUCUGCAGAAACAUGGAGCAUCUGAUGUGCGCUGGACUGUGGUGCCUGGUAGAAGGAGACACGUCCUGCAAGACCAAGCUGGACCCUCCCCUGGAUGGCACCGAGUGUGGGGCAGACAAGUGGUGCCGCGCGGGGGAGUGCGUGAGCAAGACGCCCAUCCCGGAGCAUGUGGAUGGAGACUGGAGCCCGUGGGGCGCCUGGAGCAUGUGCAGCCGAACAUGUGGGACGGGAGCCCGCUUCCGGCAGAGGAAAUGUGACAACCCCCCCCCUGGGCCUGGAGGCACACACUGCCUGGGUGCCAGUGUAGAACAUGCGGUCUGCGAGAACCUGCCCUGCCCCAAGGGUCUGCCCAGCUUCCGGGACCAGCAGUGCCAGGCACACGAGCGGCUGAGCACCAAGAAGAAAGGCCUGCUGACAGCCGUGGUGGUCGAUGAUAAGCCAUGUGAACUCUACUGCUCGCCCCUCGGGAAGGAGUCCCCACUGCUGGUGGCCGACAGGGUCCUGGACGGCACACCCUGCGGGCCCUACGAGACUGAUCUCUGCGUGCACGGCAAGUGCCAGAAAAUCGGCUGUGAUGGCAUCAUCGGGUCUGCGGCCAAAGAAGACAGAUGCGGGGUCUGCAGCGGGGACGGCAAGACCUGCCACUUGGUGAAGGGCGACUUCAGCCACGCCCGGGGGACAGCUCUCAAAGACUCCGGUAAGGGAUCCAUCAACAGUGACUGGAAGAUAGAGCUCCCCGGAGAGUUCCAGAUUGCAGGCACCACUGUUCGCUAUGUGAGAAGGGGGCUGUGGGAGAAGAUUUCUGCCAAGGGACCAACCAAACUACCGCUGCACUUGAUGGUGUUGUUAUUUCACGACCAAGAUUAUGGAAUUCAUUAUGAAUACACCAUUCCUGUAAACCACACUGCGGAAAAUCAAAGCGAGCCAGAAAAACCGCAGGACUCUUUGUUCAUCUGGACCCACAGCGGCUGGGAAGGGUGCAGUGUGCAGUGCGGAGGAGGGGAGCGCAGAACCAUUGUCUCGUGUACACGGAUUGUCAACAAGACCACAACUCUGGUGAACGACAGUGACUGCCCUCAAGCAAGCCGCCCAGAGCCCCAGGUCCGAAGGUGCAACUUGCACCCCUGCCAGUCACGGUGGGUGGCAGGCCCGUGGAGCCCCUGCUCAGCGACCUGUGAGAAAGGCUUCCAGCACCGGGAGGUGACCUGCGUGUACCAGCUGCAGAAUGGCACACAUGUCGCUACGCGGCCCCUCUACUGCCCGGGCCCCCGGCCAGCCGCAGUGCAGAGCUGUGAAGGCCAGGACUGCCUGUCCAUCUGGGAGGCGUCUGAGUGGUCACAGUGUUCUGCCAGCUGUGGUAAAGGGGUGCGGAAACGGACUGUGGCGUGCACCAACUCACAAGGCAAAUGCGAUGCAUCCACGAGGCCGAGAGCCGAGGAGGCCUGCGAGGACUACUCAGGCUGCUACGAGUGGAAAACCGGGGACUGGUCUACGUGCUCAUCGACCUGCGGGAAGAGCCUGCAGUCCCGCGUGGUGCAGUGUAUGCACAAGGUCACAGGGCGCCACGGCAGCGAGUGCCCCGCCCUCUUGAAGCCUGCCCCCUACCGACAGUGCUACCAGGAGGUCUGCAAUGACAGGAUCAACGCCAACACCAUCACCUCCCCCCGCCUUGCUGCUCUGACCUACAAAUGCACACGAGACCAGUGGACGGUGUAUUGCCGGGUCAUCCGAGAAAAGAGCCUCUGCCAGGACAUGCGGUGGUACCAGCGCUGCUGCCAGACCUGCAGGGACUUCUAUGCAAACAAGAUGCGCCAGCCCCCGCCGAGCUCGUGACGUGCAGUCCUGGGGGUCGCUCAGAGCUCAGACUCAGGUCUGAAACCCACCCACCCCCA